UAAUAAAGAUAACGGAAAAGAAGAGCUGCUGCUAUUUGUGUUCUCAAAAGUCAGCCACAGGACCGGCAAUCGAAGGAGACGAGAGGAGAAGCCAACUCUCACUCGCUUCUUUCUCUGUCUGCGAUCGUUGCAGGGGGGAGACGAGAGGCAAUGGCCUCUUCCAUGAAAAUCGUAUUCGGACUCCUAGCUUUUGUCACCGCUGGAAUGAUCGUAGGUGCUUUCUUUCAAUUAGCAUUUAUACUAAAGCUGGAAGACUCGUAUGGCACCAAGUUUCCAUCAUUUAAAAGAGUGCGAAAACUUCAAAGUGAUGCCUAUCUUCAGUUGCCGAGAGGGAUUUCUCAUUGGGAUAAUGACACAGAAGCGGCAGUUUUACGAAUUGGAUAUGUCAAACCUGAAAUUAUCAGCUGGUCACCGCGAAUUAUUGUACUCCAUGAUUUUUUGAGCUCAGAGGAAUGUGACUAUCUUAGAGCCCUAGCUAAACCUCGGCUUCGAAUUUCUACUGUGGUGGAUGUAAAAACAGGGAAGGGAAUAGAAAGCAAGGUAAGGACAAGUUCUGGAAUGUUUCUGAGCUCUGAAGAGAAAACGUAUCAAGUGGUACAGGCAAUUGAAAAAAGGAUUUCAGUCUAUUCUCAAGUGCCCAUUGAAAAUGGGGAGCUCAUCCAAGUUUUAAGGUAUGAAAAGAAUCAGUAUUACAAGCCCCAUCAUGACUACUUUUCUGAUACUUUUAACUUGAAGCGUGGUGGUCAGCGAGUAGCAACAAUGCUGAUGUACUUAAGUGACAAUGUUGAGGGGGGAGAAACAUAUUUCCCAAUGGCUGGUUCAGGUAAAUGCAGUUGUGGCGGAAAAGUUGUGGAUGGGUUAAGUGUAAAACCUAUCAAAGGAAAUGCAGUUCUUUUCUGGAGCAUGGGACUAGAUGGCCAGUCGGAUCCUAGCAGCAUACAUGGAGGAUGUGAGGUUCUGUCAGGGGUGAAGUGGUCAGCUACAAAAUGGAUGAGGCAAAGAGCUACUUUCUGAUUUUAUAGUUAACCCUAGCUUAGGUAUAUUAAAGCAAUGCCUCUUUUACAUGGGUCGCGUUAUAUAGAUCUGGAUACGAAGGAUUAGAGAAUAUGAAUUAACCUUAAAUUAGAUGAAACUGGAAAGUUACUCUAGUUUCUAAUCCCCUAUCAAGGGCUAUUGUGAUUUGGACAAAGUUUGAUCUCUGGUUUCAGUGGCAAAUAUUACACCAAAAAAUACUGAUGUAUUUGCAUA